CCGAGCCGACAGCCGCCUACCUCAUGCGGGCGUUCUGCCCUCCGCUCCUGCUGCCGGCGCCGCAGCCGCUGCUGGUCGUGAUCGACCUGAACGGCACGCUGCUCCACCGGCCGAACAAGCGGUCGCCGACCAAGUUCAUCGAGCGGCCGCUGGCGCGGGCCUUCCUGCGGCACUGCAUCGACACGUACCACGUGGUGAUCUGGUCGUCGGCGCGGCCGGAGAACGUGCAGCGCAUGUGCGCGCAGCUGCUGCCGCCGGCGUACCUCGCGCGCGUCGUCGCCGUCUGGGGCCGCGACCGCUUCGGCCUGACGCCCGCCGACUACGCCCGCCGCACCCAGUGCUACAAGCGGCUGACGCGGCUGUGGGCGGACCCGGCCGUGCGCGCGGCCCACCCGCAGAGCGGCGCGACGGGCUGGCCGGCCGGCCCCCGCUGCUGGGACCAGGGCAACACGGUGCUGAUCGACGACAGCGCGGAGAAGGCGCGCAGCGAGCCGCACAACGCCGUCACGCUGCCCGAGUUCGCCGGCGACCUCGCGGCCGAGCAGCAGCUGCAGCCCUGGGAGGAGGAGCUGGAGGGGGAGGAUUCGCAGCAGGUGCUGGCGCGCGUGGCCAAGUAUCUCGGCGUGCUGGCCUGGCAGGUCGACGUCAGCGCGUACAUCCGGGCGCGGCCGUUCACGAUGGGGCCGGGGAAAGGAAACAUAUCAGGGCCCGGUGCGUAGCCGUCGCUUUUUUCUUCGCUUACCAUGGGAGUUGUCGUCAGAUUCAGAGGGGGGGAGCCGAGAAGAGGGCGAGUGGCUCCAUCCUGCUUGACGUGAUGAGCUAUGGUGUAUUGAGGAGGCGCAGGGCUGAGAUGGACAGAAAAGUUGCGCCGAGUAACCGGUGCAUGGCUCGUUGCUGUCGCGCUCCGAAGUCUUUGCAUGUAGCAAUUGUCACAAGGGAUAGCAAGCUCGAUACCCAAUUCACCAUGACGAGGGUUGGAGGGCGAGGACACAGGGAAAUAGGAGUUAGGUGGUUGUUGCUUAGAUGGCAUUGUCCUUCCGGCAUGGGGCUCUUGUAGGAUUAGAGGCGCAGGAAGAAAGGCGAUACACCUUGAAACGUGUGGUGCGCAGCUGUGUCCCACGUAGGGCAACCCGUGCUACAUGAUGAUCAUCAAAUAAGACUGUUAGGGUGCGGGAGGGCAGGCUCAUUCAGCAGCAGGCCCCGCGGAAUGCGGCGGCUAGUGUCUAUUUCG